UAAAAAUAAUUUUAAGGAAACUUCAUUUUCCAUAAAUUCGAGACAAAUAUUUCGACCUUCUAUUAAAAGUUUCGCGCCCGACUCGUUUUCCUUUCCUUUAUAUUAACACCGGACGCCAUUAUAUAUAUAUAAAAUUCUUUUGCCCAUACGCCACCGAUAUUGACAAGCAGAAGAAUUCAGCAGAAACGAUCUCUUCCGGUUGGCGUAUUUAGUGAACGCCAUUUCGAUCUUCGAUCUUCAAACUUAAUUCGUUAAUGGCAGCUCUCAGCAUCUUCUUCCUCGCUUUUCUUUCCGGUUUCGCUCUGUUUUAUUUGAUUUCUGCGCAGAAUCCUUCAGGUUUCAUCAGUUUAGACUGCGGACUCCCGGCGAACUCGACCUACACAGAGCCGACCACCGGAAUAGUCUACGAAUCCGACGCGGCGUUCAUAAACUCCGGCGAGGUGCACAACAUUUCAUCCGAUGGUGUACAGAAUGGCCUGAAUCAGCCGCUGUGGAGUCUGAGGAGCUUUCCGGAAGGAAUUAGGCACUGCUACAAAUUGAAAGUGAGGACAGGGACGAAGUACCUGAUUCGAGCGAGGUUCCGCUACGGGAAUUACGACGGGCGGAGAAACACGCCGGAAUUCGAUCUGCAUUUCGGAGCCAACUUUUGGGAUUCGGUAGGGUUUGAGGGAAAUUUCACGGUGACGAAGGAGAUUGUGCAUAUCGUUUCGUCGAGUGAUGUGCAGGUUUGUGUUGUGAACGUCGGGACUGGAAUUCCGUUCAUCUCUGCUCUGGAAUUGAGGCCUCUGCAAGAUUCGGUUUACGAGACGGGAYCUGUGUCGCUGGUCAGUUUCUUGCGCCUCGAUUAUGGCUCCACUAACAAUCAAUCUUUCAGGUAUAAAGACGACGUGUACGAUCGAAUCUGGGAUCCGCCGGUUCCAAUCGAAGGAUGGACUACCAUAAACACUUCGGGGCAAGUAGCCGUCGACGACCCGCUCUUCUUCCAGCCGGCUCCGGCGGUCAUGAACACGGCGGCGACCCCGAGAAACGCAAGCGCUCCAAUGGAGUUCAGAUGGCUGCCAMCGGACCCCACGGCGGCGUUUUUCGUCUACAUGUAUUUUGCAGAGCUGAAGGAGCUUCAAGCGAAUGAGUCCAGAGUGUUCGACAUAAUGCUCAAUGGAAAACUGUGGCAUAAUGAAUCGAUUUCUCCCGCCUUUUUAGCGGAAUUGGUUGUUUUCAGUACCUCGCCUGUGACUGGCGGAACCUACGAUGUCUCCAUCGUCAAAACUGCCAAUUCAACUCUUCCUCCGAUUCUCAAUGCUCUUGAGAUUUAUCGAGUCGUAAAUUUCUCACAAUCCGAGACCAAUGAACAAGAUGUUGCCGCCAUUGAAAACAUCAAGGCAAUUUAUGGAGUUGGAAGGAACUGGCAGGGAGAUCCAUGUGCCCCUAGGGCAUUUAUUUGGCAAGGAGUCAACUGUAGCUUUGCGGAUUCUGAUCCUCCCAGAAUCACAUCCUUGGAUUUGUCCUCCAGUGGAUUGACAGGGGAAAUAGCCAGAGAKAUUGGAAAUCUUAAAAUGCUGGAGACUCUAGAUUUAUCAAACAAUAAUUUGAGCGGACCAGUGCCAGAAUUUCUCACUCAAUUGCCAUUGUUGCGAGUCCUAAACUUGGAAAAAAACAAGCUUUCAGGACUAAUUCCGGCUCAGCUCAUUGAAAAGUCCAAUAAUGGUUCUCUAUUAUUAAGAUUUAGCGAAAAUCCAAAUCUUACUACGGCUCAGAGAAAAAGGAAGGGAAGCAAUGUUGUAGUUGCUGUAGUAGCAUUAGUUGGUGGAUUUCUUCUGCUUGCAUUCUUAAUUGCAGCAGCUAUCUUUUGGAGGACAAAAAGAAGAAAACCGAAAGGUGAUGUAAUUGGAGAGGUGAAACAGACUGUUCAUCAAGCUCAAAAUUGGGACACGGCUAAGAGACGCUAUUCGUACUCGGAUGUCCUAAGAAUUACAAACAAUUUCGAGCGUAUGCUUGGAGAAGGCGGUUUUGGAAGAGUUUACUAUGGAAAAAUCGAGAACACUGAAGUAGCUGUAAAGAUGCUAUCUCCUCAAUCAGUUCAAGGGUAUCGGCAAUUUCAAGCAGAGGUUGACCUUCUUAUGAGGGUUCAUCAUCGAAACCUGACCGGUCUUGUUGGGUACUGCAACGAAUCGACCAACAAAGGACUUAUCUAUGAGUACAUGGGCAGAGGGAACUUAGGAUCUUUCAUGACAGGUGGCAAGUCAGAUUUGUUGAACUGGGAAGACAGGCUUCAUAUAGCAGUGGAUGCAGCACAAGGAUUGCAAUACUUGCAUUGUGGUAUAAAGCCAGCUAUUGUACAUAGAGAUGUAAAAUCUUCCAACAUCUUAUUGGACGACAACUUUCGAGCAAAAGUAUCUGAUUUCGGUUUGUCGAGAAUUUUUCCUGUCGACGAUGGUGCCACUCAUGUGACAACCAAUGUGGUCGGCACUCCUGGUUACCUUGAUCCUGAAUAUUACACAUCUUACCGAUUAAACGAGAAGAGCGACGUGUACGGCUUCGGAAUUGUUCUUCUUGAAAUCAUAACUGGGAGACCAGUCUUGACAAAGACUCAAAACAAGGUAACUCACAUCUAUCAAUGGGUCGACUCGAUGCUUUCUCAAGGAGACAUCAAUUCCAUUAUCGACCCCAAAUUGAAACAAGAUUUCGACAUGAACACCAUUUGGAAAGCGGUUGAGAUAGCAAUGUGCUGUGCAUCUCACGCCUCUACAAAUCGGCCAACCAUGAGCCAAGUUGUGAUAGAUUUGAAUGAAUGUUUGAACAUGGAGUUGGCUAGCAGUAACAACAAUCAUCAACCUGAAUCAGUAGUUGCAGAUCACAUUUCUCUGUUUGGUCCAGAGGCAAGGUAGAUGGGGUUCCUAAAKAAUUGUUAUGUAUCAUAUUGAGAUCCGUAAGAUUGUACAUGUAAAUGUGUAACAUCAAAAUUCUUUUAUUCGGGAGGAUAACACCUCCAUAUUCUUUAUUUUUUUUUUCUCAAUUUUAGUAGGUUUGUAGUCGUUUUAGGCCUGUAUUUUGAUCCAUAUAAUUUGAAAAUAUGCAUUAACCUUUGGCUUGAUAAAAAGUUAUUUGGGUUCAAAGCCUAAUUUCUAUAAUGUUAUAUAUGAAGCUGUCUUGAAAAAUCAAUCCAUUUGAUUUGUUGAUAUUACCAUACUAAAAUUUUUCUUUGUAUUAGCCUUUU